AUUCAACUGUCAUUUGUCGUAAGAUUAAUGCCACCCAGCACAAACAUAUUUUAAUGAGAAAGUAUAUAUAUAUGAAGUGAAAUCGUGCGAUAUCAUCUUUCUCCCUUAUCCAACCAAAAAAAAAAAAAAAGUCAAAGUGCAAAAAGAUACAAUUUUUUCUUAACGCAUCUAGAUCUAAGUACUUUUUUUAAGAAUUUAGACGACUACACAAAUUGAAGUCCUGAUUGUAUACAUAAUUGCAGACUUAGCUUAGAGCGCCAAGCGACGCGAGUGAGAUAGAAAAAUAUUUACCAGCGUAUUACUGGUUCCUUUGCAAAAUGGUGCAAAAUUACUUUGACGAUGAGGAGAUCAAAGUGGUCAAUAUGCUAGCUGGAUCAGGUUCAACAUCUGAUGGUUCUUUCAUAGCCGGGAAAACAAAGGCAACCUACUUUAAUAAGCAGGACGCUUCACUUAAAAGUGACAAAUUUAAGGUCUUGGUGGAGUUAACCGGAGCAGAAGCCGGCGAACACAGACUUGGCGUAGAUCUUGUGAUGAUGUUAGAUGUUAGUUCUAGCAUGAAGGGUAAGAAGUUGGAAAACAUGAAGACUGCAACCAAGUUCUUGGUUAGAAAACUUAGCCAUGUCGAUCGUCUCUCCAUUGUCAAAUUCUCGGCCAAUGCCGAAAGGCUGUGCCGCCUGCGGUUGAUGACUCCAGAUGCUCAUUCGUAUGUCGAGGGCCUAGUCGAUGGUUUGGAGAUAGACAGCGGCACAAAUAUCACUGCUGGGCUUGAGGAGUCCGUAAAAGUGCUUAGUAAUCGGAUGUUUACAAAGGGACGCGAGGUUGCCAUCAUGCUUAUGUCCGACGGUGAUCCAUUUCCUCGCACAGCAGACGGCAGCCAGGUUUCCAUCAACAAUGUGGCUGUACAUACGUUUGGUUUGGGACAAGAUUACCACCCUAAGGUGCUCCACAACAUUGCCCAGAGAAGUAAUGGAGGAACAUUCUCAACUGCAGAUGUUGAAAACACUAAAACAAGCAACCUGAGCAUUGCAUUUUCCCAAUGUUUGGCCGGACUACUUAAUGUCGUUGUUCAAGACUUAACUCUAACCAUCACAAAAGUAGGAUCAACAAUCGAGAAGGUAUCCGCAGGAAAUUAUUUUCAAUCAAGUAAUGAGUCUGAGGGAUCGAAAACAAUUUCAUUUGGCAAUCUCUAUAGUACAGAAAUACGUAGCGUCUUGGUGGAUCUUGUUCUAGAUGAAGUGACAGAGUCCCAAGGCACAGAUGUUCUCGAGUUCACGUACACCUACAAAAUUGCUAGUGGGGAAGUUUAUGAUGCCCCUCCUGUGAUUAUUACCGUAAGUCGCACUGAAACGCCAUUGACAAAAGAGUCUCCGAAGGUGUUAAUGGAAGAAGCUCGGCAACACACCGCGAAUAAGAUGAAAGAAGCCCGAAAAAUGGCUGAUGCCAACAGGUUUGAUGAAGCUAGAGGCGAACUCAAUAAGGCAAAGGAUUAUCUCAAGCGUGAUGGACUUGAUAAGUCACACCCAAAUAUUAAGGGACUAAAUUCUGAAGUAGACCAAUUCUUAAAGCUAUUAGAAUCACCAGACAUUUAUAAGAAGCUAGGACGAGCAUUUGCUUUUGCCUCUGAGCUUUCGCAUGCACUUCAGCGAUUUGCUGCAAGAGGCGAUGUGAACGAGUUACGUUUAUUUGCUACUGAUGCUAUGGAUCAAUAUCUAGAUCAAGUCAAGAAUUAUGAGAAAUUUCCGGAUGCGCCGGUGCAGUCAAGUAAUGAGGAUAUCAAGGAAAGAAAGGUGAAGAAUCCCUAUGCUGAUAUUGCUGAUAUUCUAAGCAUGCAUCUUGGCGAAGCUAUCCAAUCUCUCAAACGUAUCCAGGACAUCAUCAAUGAGAGCCACUGAUAUUCAAGGCAGUUCAUGACUAUUGGGUGCUUUAAUCUUUCUUUUUUUUUUUUUUUCAUUUCUCGCUUCUAUGCAUUUAAUUUCAAUGAAAACUUUUUCGUGGUCAGUCAUAAGCCUUAAGAUAAACGAAGUUCUUAAGUUGAAAUUCCAACCACGCUUGUAACAAAGUGAAGUUAGCCAUAACAAUUCGAGUAUUUAGCCUUUUUGAAGGUUCCUUCAAACAUAAGAAAAACAAGUUGUCUUUUAAGCACAUUUUCCAUGUGGAGGAGGAAAUGCAUUAUUGAAUGGGAUCCUCAACCAUUAAAGUCUACUUUCGAAUAUAACUGUGGAUGUGUGUUAAGGUAGUCUUUACGCAAAGGGAUGUGAGAAACUGAUUUCAUAAAAUCUUCAAAACACUUUUAGGUACCACCAAA